AUGCCCAACACCCCUGGAAAGUCAUGGGAGAAUGGGGAGCAUAACCCAGGACAAUCUGGUGGCUGUGAAAAGGACUGUAUAGACAUCAUCACAACCUCCAGGUGUUUGCUGCAUGUUUGCCUCACUCUGCUCUUCUCCAUUGAAAUCUCAUCUCAGCUCUGUACCUUGCUUCACUUCCAGCAGAACAAAGUGAACAAAGAGAGCUUGGAGCUUCUGAAGAAAAUGAGCGGAAUUUUCCCCUCACAAUGCAUACAUGAAAGGACAGCUUUCAAACCCACCCAGGAAGUUUCCCAACUCCCACUGUUCCAGAAGGAUAAUGCCAAGAUGGCAAUGCAAGAGAUCCUCCAAGAGAUCUUCAACAUCUUUAGCAAAAACCUCACCCAAAGUACCUGGGAUGGGAUUUCUAUAGUCAGGUUCCAAAAUAGACUUUACCAGCAAAUUCAGCAGCUGGAGGCGUGUUUGAAAGCACAGAUGGAGAAGGACUUAACCAACCCAGAAAGUGAGGACCUCCAGCACACCAGUUGGAGAGUGAAACAAUACUUUCAGGGGAUAGAUGCUUUCCUGAAAGAAAAGCAAUACAGCCUGUGUGCCUGGGAGAUCAUUUGCAUGGUAAUAUCCAGAUGUUUUGUACUGACUGACAAACUCAACAGAAGCCUUAGUAACUAA